AUUAAUGAGUCGUUUCAUAUAGGGAUCGUUUCGAAGCCAGUUAUUCUUCUCUUCAAUUUAGAUUAUGCCACCUGAACCGACUGUCAUGAAUUCCAAGGAUAAUGAAGAUAAUUUAAUAAAGUCACAAGGCUAUAGAAACGAUAGGCUAGUUAAGGAAUUUUUUUCUAAAGAGCCAACAAUUUAUUCUCAUGAAAUUUACAAGAAAUCAUCGAGAGUAUUUGAAAAGCUAAGAGAAGAGAAUUCGGCAAAUUCAACGGAGGAGAUAAAUUUUGAGAAUGAAAAUGAAAUGAGACUAACAUUCCAAUUGGCCUACGAUACUUUAAUAUGUAAGUAAACUGAUUGUUCGUUUUUUGCCUGUUUGCAUACUUUUCCGUAUGCUUGUUUCAUUCCUGCUAAUUAUCUCUCUCUUCACAAUAUUUAAAUAUGGUUAUUUUUGAAGAGAGGAAAAAAAAUCGAAUUUGCCACUGCAUAAUAAUCUUAUUCAGAUGAUUGUAAUCCGAGUAUUAAUUAGUAAGGAAUUAACUUUUUAUUAGUAUAAACCUUCCGCUCUGAUAAGUUUAUGAACGGUUUGAAACAGAACAAUAGAAUAUUUCAUAGAGGAUCUACUCAUGAAUUGUACACAGAUCCACUUAUAUUCUCUUUCAUUUUUAUUCUUGUUUUUUACAUUCCAUAUACUAUGUAAAGUACUCUUCUUUGCGAAAUUUUUAACAACUUUUCUCCGUCUUCGUCUCUGUCUCUUUCCCAUAAUCAUUUCUUCCUCUGUCUAUUAUACAUUUCAUUCCGUAAAGAGAGGAGGUAAAAAGAGAGAUUAUAAAAAUUAAUCUCUUCAAUAAUCAAUAAUCAUACAUUGUUAAAAGGCUACAUAGCUUAUGGCUUUUGAACACUAAUUUUAUGGUAUAUUACUUACGGUACUUCCGCUCGAGUGAUUGUCAUCUUUUAUUGCUGUUAUUUAACUUUUUAGCCAACUUUCUUAAAGAAUGCUUUUAGGGUAAAUCAUUAAACUUUCUAAUAUCUUUCUACCUUAUUUAUCCAAUAUAUCGUUAUUUUCUAUCUCAUUUUUGAUGGGAUAUUUAUUCUCUUUUCUCUUUCAUACAAAAAAGCAAAUGAACGAUAAACUUUAACAAAUAUGACUUAGGUGCUAGUUACAUAGUCACAUAAAAAAAACUAGCCUCUGUCCUACUAGCCGAACAUGAAAACAGUUAGAAAAAAAAAACAACACAAUCCCAAUUUUUUUCUGUAGGCCUAUUGAUUAGUGAUAAAGAAAUAUUUAUAAAUGUUCUCUUUUUUUUAUUUUGCUUUUAUGUAUAUACACGUAAAAAUUGUUACGUUUGGAGAGCGAGAGAGAGAGAGAGAGAGGGAGAAAGAAAGAAAGACUGUUAUACAAGCGGAUUUUUUAUUCUAUAUAUUUUCAACACCCCUACUGUUGACCCAAUGAUCUAUUAAAGUUUUCAUUCUCUCAGGCUUAUUCCAUUCCCCUCCUCUCUUUUCUUCUUUUUUUGUGUCUGAAAUUCAUAUACAGUUCAUAAGUCUUUCUAUUAUUAAUAAGGAUUAGGGAUCUUCUAUUAAAUUCCCAAUACAAAAUUAAUAAGCAAAUAGCCUAUAGGUAGACGUUUAAAAAAAUAAUAAAGAUUGCGUAAUAAAUAAGAAGUAACGAAGACUGAGAUUAAAUAUGGAUAUAGCAUAUUUAGGCUAUUCAUAUUCUCUAGCACUGUUUAUUUGUUAUUACACUACACACAGAUAAACAAAUAUUACAAGAAUUAGCCGAAGAAGUGGCUUUCUUUUCUCAGUUUCCGGAAGUGAGUUGAAUAACAUUUUAGGUUGCCGUACUGAUUAAAUUGAUUGUAAGAAUUUGUUUACGAUUUAUUGGCAGUUCCGGGACCAAGAGUCAAUAUGCUAUGUUAUGAUUUACGACUUCCAGAAAAGACGCUUCCAAACCAGAACGCCUAUAGAAGAUGAAAUUUUAGACGAUGAUCUAUUGGAUAUUGAAUCGGCAAUUAUAAAAUGUCGAACAAAAUUAGGCGCCGCUUUGGCUAGAUCGAGAAUAAAAGCGCAAGUUCAACAUUUACAAAUGCUACUUCCGGCAAACUGUAGAGAUACGGGCGAUAAACAACGAUACUUUUACACUUGGAUUAAUGAAUUUAAAACAACUAAGGAAGAGGCUUUAAGGAAUUUACAUUUGUACGGUUUCGAUCCAAUUGAGAAUUUAAACAACAUAAAGGAGUGCGAAUACUUUCUAGAUCGUCAUUGCGAUGACGUCAUCGCCUUUUGUAUGGAAGAUCGGGAAAAGUUGAAAGAAACCGCUUUGUUCAAAGAAAAUCGUUUAGUUAUGCAGGAUAAGUCAUCUUGUUUGGCCGUAAAUAGCGUAAAGUCCUUGGUAAACGACGACGAAGACAUUCUAAUUUAUGGAUCAAAUUCUGGAUUAGACGCCGCACACUUAGCGUCACUUUUAUGUAAAUUAAAUAAUACAAUCUAUGUUUUUAUAAAAGAAGAAAAACUUGAUAAAGUAAAAAGAAACUUUGAAAGAAUAGGUGUUGAUAGAAAUAUUCAACUUAUUACGGAUCCUCUUGAAUCUAUUGCCGGUGAUGAUAUACGCUUUAAACAUAUUAAAUUAGUUUUGUUUAAUGCCAAAUGCACUAAAACUGCUGUUGCAAAUCCGGUUGAAUUUCUGGUUGCUGAAGAUGAAGAUAUGCUCUUACUAAAGGAAUUUAUUAAUAGCGAUACAAAUCCGGAUAGAUUAGGAAAAGUGAUGUGGCAAAUAAAUUCUGAUUUACGAAAAUGCUUGAAAUUUCCAAGAGUUCAAGGUAUUGUAUACUUGACGAGAUCGAAUCAAGAAAUCGAAAAUGAGACUGUUGUAAAGAAAGCCAUUGAUUUUAUUAAUACUGUUCAACAAAAGAAGAAUCCAUUUAGAGUUUCUCCACCUGUUCUUCCUCUUACAGGCGAAGAGAUUGAUGAACAGGAUAUACUCCAUGGAAAGUUUAUCAAAUUUCCAUCUUCAAAAAAUAUGUCGGGCUGCUUUAUAGCUACUUUAACCAGAGAGGCGGAAGAUAUUAAGGAAGCUGCCAAAGACAUCCUCGCCAGAGCUGCGGCAAAGGGGUUAUUUUCUAAGAAUAGUACUUCCGCUCCAAACGAAGAUAAUAGUCCACCAUCGAAACCGACCAAAAAAACUAAAAAGAAAACCAAAUCGGCCAAAAUCAAAAAACUUGAAAAUUCAAAACCGUCUUCGUCAACUGUACUACCCCCAGUUAGUUCUCCAAAUCUAGCUCAACGUUAUCGUUCAAAAGAUCAGUCGCAUGAAUCCUUAUUAAAGCAUGACAUCACUUCCAAGUCACGUGAUACUCAUUUAAACAGAGAUGUUAGUCAUAAGACUUUUUCGUCACCCGUUACUGCUCACUUGUACGAUUUAGAAAUAGAGACCUCGAUAGCUAAAGAAAAAGCUACAAAGUUGCCGAGGUCUAGAACGGAAAAUCGACUUUAUCGAAGGCUACCUAACGAUAAUGAAACGUCGAUAAAUUCCGUUACACAAAAUUCCAAUUCUUCUCCGCAACGAUUAUUCAAUCAGAGAACUGACGAGAACGGAGGGGAAAAUUUCCUAGAAAUGUCUAAUGCAAGCGAUCAGUUAGGAAUGGCAAGAUCCAAAUCGGAGAGCAGAAUAUUACAAAGAGCGAAUACAAGCGAGUCUCUAGACGCUUAUUAUAAAACGAAAUCAACAAAAUUGUCAAGGUUUUCUAGACCAAAAUCGAAAGUGAGAUUAUCUAAAAAGGUAUGGGAAAGAUUAACAAGCGCUACUAACGCUAAUUCAGCUUCUAAUGACGUCUUACGACGAAAUCCUAUUCAACAUCCAAAGCCUUUCAGAUGAUUAAUCUAAUUAAAAAAAAUUGAACUUGAUUCUCCUCAUCGUUGCGUAAAACUUUAACCAUCUCACUUGAUUAAUUCUCUGUUCAUUUUUACAUUAAUUUUCUAUUAAUAUUUUACUUUCUUGCCUUAUUUUUUUUCAUUUGAUUUUUGAUGUGAUACUUCAGCUUCUUUUAUUUAAUUAGAGUUUGAUGAAAUCUAUUGAUAUUUCGUUAUUGUUUUCCUUCUUUUUCCCCUAAAAAAGAUAAUGAAUUCAAGAGCAAAGAUAUCAGAAGAAAAGACAACUGAAUAGAAUUAGAAGAAGGAGUGGCAUUUGAAUUGAAAACGUUUUUCCCAUUUUCUACUGUAAUUAUUAAUGUUUAGCUUUCCUAUUUUGUUAUUGAAAGAAGAUUUUGUCUGUCUCUCUUGAAAGAAAGACAAAUGAAAAGAAAUAGAACGAAAAGAUGACUGACGGACAAAGAGACAGGUAGAAAAACAGACAGACAACCGGUACUUUUUUUAUAUUUAUGCAAGUGGGAGGGAGAGAGAAAGAGAUAUAUGGAUAGAUAUAUAGACAGAUAGCUAGAUAGAUAGAGGCAAAGAGAGAGAGAGAGAGAGAGACAAAGACAGACCUUAAUUAUGUUUAACUAUAAUAAAUUCGUAUCACUUUACACACGACUUAUGCAAUUUAUGAUAUUAAAUUAUCAUAUUAGAAAUUGCUUGUUUCAAAUGAAACAAACAAUGUAGGAAAUAUAGGAGUAUUAAUUUGCUAUACAAUAUGAAAGAGAAGAGAAAAGAUUAUUCAUACACGGUCAGGUAUAUUAUAUUUAUUAUGAACGAAACAAAAAGCAUAAACAAACUCCAAGUACAAAACAUUUUCAUGAUAUACAUUAAUUUACUUAAUAAAAAUUUCAAUGAUUUACAUUAAUAAUAAGUGCUAACUCUUACAAAUAUAUUACUGUAUAAGUAUUCACAACAUUCAAUCCUUUUUCACCUGCCUAGCUAUUUUUAUAUUUUAAACUUGUACACCCUCUCUUUUUCUUCUUGUUUGUUUUAUCGUAUAGGGUAGCAUUCUCAAUUACUAACACUACUAUAGGCGGGUGGACUCGAGUUCAUAUAGAAUUGAACCGUUUCGUAACUAGGCGGCUUUAUAACGUCCAGUGUUACUCGGGGGCAAGUUUGAGAUACGGUAGGUAUUUCUCUUCCAUCUUCCGAAUGGUACUCGGGGGGUUCACUAUCGGAAUUUUGCCUUUCGGAAACUUCGGCUUCAAUCUCGGGUUCCGGAUGGGAAAGUCUCCCUAUUUUCAACAUAAUAAUAAAUUUCUUGAGACGACUUCUAGUGUAAACUUUCUUUGAUACUGAACAAACGACAAUGAGCCCAAAGACAACAAGAGUUCCAACAGAUACUGGAAUAAUAAAGGUCAAAAGCUGAUUUUGUUGUUGAUCAUCGUGAGAGAAGCAGCUGAUCUUCUUGGUAGACGCUCUAAAUGUUUGAUUUUUAGUGGAGAAGACGCACUCAAAAUAGUCGGUUUUAUGUAAUUCAGAGCAUUUAUAUUUCCUUUCAACGAAACCAGUAGAAUUACGAAUUUCUAUAUAAGGCAUACGAUAGGAUCUCUUUAGAUAUUUUUUAAAGCGAUUUUGAAAAGAAUAUCUAAAAAAUGUAAAAUUAACUACAGCGUAUCGAGAACAUCCUUUAACCAUACAGCUUAUCAAUGUUGAAUCGGAUUUGUCUUUUGUUGAUUUUAUCUCAAAUGUCGACUUAUCAACUUUAUUAUAUUUCGUUAUGGCGUUUAAUUUUAUAGACGUUGAAUAAUCUUGACCGUUAAAAUUACAUUUUCCGUAGAAACUAUCAGUCGAUUUCCUAUUUAAUAGUUGAUAUCCGACAAUCAUAUAAUUCAUAUCGCAGUUGCAUAAUAACCUGUUUUUAUUUAAAUUUAUGUUAAUCAAUCCGCUCUGAUUUCUGCGCAAUAGUUCUGUUACAUGAGACGAUUGAGCCAUGUUUGAUAGUUCAUUAUUUGAUAAAUCGAGAGUUUCCAAAUGAGUCAACGUUCUGGGGACACUAAAGGUGGUAAUUGCAUUGUAAGAGAGGUUUAAACUCUUUAAAUUAUUUCCAGAAAUGUUGGGUAUAGACUGGAAUUUAUUAAAACUUAAAUCAAGCUUUUCUAUACUGGAAAAAUUCAUUUCCAAAUUUUCUAAUCCGCAAAAUCUACAAGAUAAUUCCUUCAGUUUCUUUCUUUGAGGAAGAUUAAUAGAAGUUAGAGAAAUCCUUUUCGAUUUGCUUCGAAUAGCCAGACUUUUCAACUGAUUCAAAUCUUCAGAAAUUGAAAAUGAUUGACAAUUUACAUUCAAGUAGACAGUUUUUAAAGUUUCUUUACAAAAGUUGAAUUUAAAUUCGCAAAGAUUAACCCUUGCAUUUAGAUAGAAGCUUUCCAACUUCAUAUUGUCGCAUAGAUCUUGUGAUGAGUCUAGACUCAAGCUAAUAUAAGAUGAAAAGAUAAUAAUGGUCAAGUGAUUUAGACUUAUGUUUUUCAAGCUUUCCAAGAAAGCUGAAUAAGAGACAAAAGCUUUACGUUUAUAUAUUUCCAGAUUAUGAACUUUUCCUUUAAACGAUGAAGAAAAGGUUUCUAUUGAACUCUUAAUCUUUAAAUUCCUUAUAGACUGAUUGAAAUCAGGUUUAAAAAUUAUUUUUUUAACAUUUUCACAAUUGAUUUUUAAAGUUGUGAAAUGACUCCAACUGUUUGAGAGCGAUAUAAUUCGAAGGAUGGUGGCCGAAUCUUUACAAUUCACGUGAUCUUCAUUACCCCUCUGCUUGUUGUCAAACUCUCUAUAAAAAUUCGUCAAUUCAUAACAAGAAGUCAUGUAAUAAUCCAUAAAUAAAAAUAACGAAAUAAUCAGGCAUCUUCCAAAAAUCAUAACAAACAAUAAGGUAUUUCUUCUCUUUUCCCUAUUUUUCUACCUUCUUAUUUAAAACAUUUCUCACUUCGACGUAAAAGAGACUGUUUUAGUAUUACUCUCUUCAUCUGCAAAUGAAUCAAUCCCAGUUUGCAUCACACAUGCAUUCAUGUUU